AGAGUGUUGCAGACGGUUUCACUUCGACCACGUUGCAUUUGUGUUUUCAUUCUACAAAACGCAAUGUCUGUUUCUAUACCAAAACUUAAAGUCAGGCCUCGGAAAAACCCGACUGUGAACCUAUGUGCGACCCAGUUAUCCGCCAUGCUUGGGUGCUGGGCAGCGACAAGCGAUCUUGCUUCAACAAGCGCAUGUAAACAAGCAGCCGAGGACCUUUUUCACUGCAUGCGUACGACGCCUAUGCGUGGGAAGCAGCACAGAUCAUCUAUAAACUACCAUCUCGCUAGACUAAACAAGAAAACAAAAUAGAUGCUUUAUUUAUCCUCCCUUGCAGUGCCUUGCUGAAUUUGAAGCAUUCACUUUCAUGUACAGGAAUUACACUUAUGUGUGUCCAGUUACCCGAUACAUGCUGUGCUGAGUAAGAGUGGAUGAAUAUAGAUUUGUUGCUUCAUAAA